CCUGAACGUGCAACCCUUCCCAAGGUCACAACUUGCCUGGAGCUCAUUUCUAUACUAAGGCAGCAUCCUACUCAUUUGUCACUUACCAUCCAAUUCAACAUGGCAACUCGAUGGGGACUUUGUGGAGCAGGGAAGAUCAGUCAUGACUUCAGUGUGGCCAUCAAGACGCUGCCCGCUGAAAAUCAUCAGAUAGUAGCCAUUGCAUCCAGGAGCAUGGAGCAUGCUAAAGGUUUUGCCAAGAAACAUAAUAUUCCUAAAGCUUAUGGCAGCUAUGAAGAGCUGGCUAAUGACCCAGACAUUGAUAUUGUGUACCUGGGGGUGCUGCACACAGAGCACUGGCGAGUUGGUCUGCUGUUCCUCGAGGCUGGAAAGAAUGUGCUGUGUGAGAAACCCUUUGCUAUGAACUCCAGACAGGUGAAAGACCUUGUUGCAGCAGCCAAGAAAAACAAUGUUUUCCUGAUGGAGGCCAUCUGGUCCCGCUGCUUCCCUGCGUACACUGAGGUGCGCAGGCUGCUGGCAGAGCAGACAGUAGGGGAGGUGAAGCUAGUGAAGGCCUACUUUGGCUCCCCUCAGCUCCACAUCCCUCGCUCAGUGGAAAAGGAGCUGGGUGGAGGGGCUCUGCUGGAUAUCGGAGUCUACUGCCUGCAGUUUGUGCUGAUGGUGUUUAAUGGCGAGAGGCCGGAGUCCAUCCAGGCCACAGGGGUGCUGCUUGACUCGGGAGUGGACGAGUCAGUGGUUGUUGUGAUGAAAUUCUCCAGGAAGAGGAUGGCUUUCUGUUCCUUUUCAAUUGCUGCUCGGCUUCCAAAUGAUGCUGUCAUCAGUGGUACCAUGGGGUCCAUUAAAGUCCUUGGCCCCAUGCACUGCCCUACCACACUGGUGGUGAAUGACAAAGAAACCGAGUAUCCUCUUCCUGAACCGUGCCUCCCUCUGAAUUUCACCAACAGCACUGGGCUUCGCUAUGAGGCAGAGGAAGUGAGGCAGUGCCUCCUUAAAGGACUUAAGGAGAGCCCACGGAUGCCUCUGGCCGACUCUGUCAUACUGACAGACAUCAUGGAUGAAAUCAGGAAGCAGGUGGGAGUCGUCUUCAUCCAGGAUAGCCAGUAACAUCACUCCAAAGCAGAGCACUUGACCUACAGUAAACCUACUCAGAUGGAACGGAGGGAGCUGCUUAAGGGAAAAGCUUUGAAUCACUGGAAUAAGCAGAUCAUGCAUGCCAUCGUGGGACAAAGCCUGAGCAGAUGCAAUAGCUAUCAGGAGCAAUUCUGACUGGGAUUUACCAUUUAAUUAACAAUCAGUAGAUUAUCAGAACAUGUAGGGGUAACUGAGGGUGUUUCAUUUAGAGAUUUUGCUCCACUUGCAUUAUUUUUUUAUUCAUCUAGAUAUGCUCUUGAUGAUACCAAACCUUAUUAUUCAACUAUACUGAAUAUAACAACUAAUUUUAGAUUACACAGACUGAGAGGUUUGGACAAAAACAUGCCGUAAGCCAUGAUAAAUCACAUUAUAAACAAAUGAAGCAACCAUGUUGUGUAUCACUGUCCUGUAAUGAAGUCCUAGACCUUUAAA